UGGAAGAUAUUUAAACCGUCAAGUCUAUUGAAAUAACACGACUGACGGAAGGGGGACGUGGCGGCCCAAUGCCAGGAAGAUGGAGGCGAAGUAAGAGAUCCAUGGCUCAGGUCGACGUUCACGCUCAUAUUCCUUCCCUACUUCCGCUUACCACAUCUCGCAAAGGUAUUUCAAAUGCCAUUUCCUGCUGGUACUGCGAUUACAAGAUCACCUCGUUCAACGAACUUAUUUUCCAAUUUGGACGAAGGCAUGCCAGGGCUCUGAGAACAUGGUUCUCGAUUGGGAUUGGUUUCUCUCUUGCCGCUCUUGCUGUUGUUGCCACGGUUCUCUUUCGGGAAACUAAAAUCAUCAUGCAUAUUUUUGUCAAUAGCAAUGUGAUUCGUGGACUUCCUAUUUCCUGUUCCUCGUUAUUUGGUCUUCCUUCGUUGAUUUCCAGCUGUAGUUUUUUCCCUGCUGGUGCUGGAUACAUAAUUAUCUCCACCUUAAUAUCUGUAGCUUUUCAUGAAUUUGGUCAUGCUGCUGCUGCUGCAAGUGAGGGCGUGAAAUUGGAGUAUGUUGCUGUUUUUAUUGCACUCCUUUUCCCUGGUGCUUUGGUGGCUUUCAAUCAUGAUGCACUGCAGGAUUCAUCAUGCUUCAGUGCUCUUCGUAUCUACUGUGCUGGUAUUUGGCACAACACAGCUCUUUCUGCAGCUUCUGGAUUGAUAUUAUUCUUCCUGCCACUGAUUCUGUUUCCUCUUUACAUACAUGGCCAAAGUCCCAUGGUUCUGGACGUUCCUUAUACUUCGCCAUUGUCUAGUUAUUUGUCCCAUGGUCAUGUAAUUCUGUCAUUGGAUGGCAUGCACGUUCACAGUGUGGAUGAUUGGAUCAAUCUAUCGGCUGAAAUAAGUGAAUUAACAUUUCAAAAUGAAACUCAUUCCAGGCUUGGUGAAAACAACCUAAUGGCCAAUGGCAGAAGAGGAUAUUGUUUUCCAAAUUUUAUGUUGAAGGAAAGCAAUAAAGUUCAGUUCACACAUGAUCAAGCAACUUGUUUUGGCGACUUUACUUCUUUUACAUCUAUUCCUUGUGUUAGUUCUACUGGUUUAAUUGAUGGUUAUACAGAAGAUAACAAUUCUAACCGCAAAGAAGGGAUAUAUUGCUUGAAUGUCAAUGAUGUUAUGAAGCUUAAUAAGUGCUCUAGUUGGGAUAAAGCAGUAAUCAAUGAUAACACUAGCUCCUGUAUGUGUUCACGGGAUGAAACUUGCUUAAGUCCAGUUCAAAUGCCUGGUUUAGUAUGGGUUGAGAUUACAUAUCUAAACCCCUAUUCCUCAGAUUGUUUCUAUUCCAGAGAAUAUCCACUCCCAAGUUCAAAUUGUAGUGGAACUUUUAUUUUUGUUGGUGAUGUGGUCUCAAUGGCGCGCUCUAUUCAGCUGACCAUGUACCGACCACGAUUUGAUUUUCAUUUUGCUACAUAUCUUCCGGAUGUACUUGAAAAGAUUUUAUCGUGCUUAUUUCAUACCUCUCUUGCACUAGCCCUUCUCAACAGUUUGCCGGUAUAUUGUUUAGAUGGUGAAUCUAUCCUGGAGAUACUUAUUUUCCAACUCACCUCAUUGAGCCCGAGGAACAAGGAAAAAGUUCUUCGAUCUUUUCUGAUAGCAGGGACACUCAUCUCAAUCUUUUUACUGCUGAGGAUUUUCUUCCAUUUAUUAAUCAGCUGAUGGUAAUCUGUAACAGUGAUGUUUUGUUUUGGUUUAUCUUGAGCAUUGUAGGUUGCUACUAAUUUCUAACUGCAUUGGUCGUAAAGUCGUUUUAUGAUUUGUAUAUAUAAGUUAGCUAUGUUUCUCCAUUAAAGUUCUUCCUAAUCUAGUAGCACCUCAAGCUCUUUUUCAGCCGUUAAAAGUUCAGGACCCCAAUACCUCCUCAAGGGACUCUCAUACGAGCACAAACCUCAGCCUCUUUUCUCUUGAUAGGAUUUUUGAGAGAGUUGUUAACCCUUUCUUUUUGUUUCUUGGAAUCUUGGAGAGAUGAUAACCCUUUCCUUGUUUCAGCAAGAAAGCCACUUUUAACAAAAUUUUAUCCUAUCCUAGAAAAUAACACCAUCUCUUCUAGAGCCACCCCAAUGCUCAUUUUAACAACUUUUUUGCAAUCCUCAAGACGAGCCCAACUCUCUUCAAACUUAGCAACCUAGCGAACUUUUUUUUGUAAUCGACUUCUUGAAGGAUCCAAAAAACGAUUAGAGCAAUGAAAAUUUAGAUGGCUGACCUUUAAAAACUUGAACUUACAUACCAUUGAGUUUUUUAACCAAAAAAACAAUCGAGUCUUUCUUUGAUGUGCAGACCAUAAAAGAGUUAAAAAAGGAAAGAUAAUAGUUGAGCAAUAUUCUUGGGUUAGCAAGAAAAAAUAAGUGAAAUGAAUUAGAAUAGGUUGUAUUGUUGGGUUGUUUAAAAUGACUUCAGAAAAAUAUGUUCUUUGAAAAUGCAUUUUCAUUUAAAUAUUUUUUCUAAACUCAUAAGAUAAAAUUGCAUGUGUGAAUAUUUUUUUUAAAGUCUUUAUGUAAAAAUUUCUUUUAUCAUUUUUUUUCUAAUUAUGAAUAGAAAGGGUGGGGUGAAUGUGAUAUUUGUAGAAUAUAAGUGGAGGAGAGGUAAUGGCGUGGUUGGUUUUCUGAUGUAUUAACCGUCUUACAAAGGGAAUAUGCGGAAUCUAGAAAAGUUGGAUAGGGACAAGCAGGAUCAUAUAAUAUGAGAACUAUGAGGAGAUAAAUGGGACAAUCCAAAAGGAAAAGAAGAUACAUUGAACCUAGACAGGCAAAUGGUGGGUUUUAAGGAGAAGAAGAAAAGGGAGAGAGGGCAUUCUGAAAUCUGAAGUUGGAGAAAAUGGGAGUACUGAAAUCGGGUGGUGUUGAGUCGGUAAGCCUGGGGAGGAGGAAUGAGGAGCUGGAGAAGGAAUUGGAGGCGAGCCAGGAAAGAGAGCUGGUUAUGAGGGAGGAGCUCAGAAGGGUUUGUGAAAGGCUAAAGGUGGCAGAGGAGGCGGAGGAGAGGCUUUCGUUACAGCUUGGGGAGCUCGAGGCAGAAGCUCUAACCCAGGCACGUGAUUACCACCAACAAAUCACAUCGUUGAUGAACCAGCUCUCCCACGCUCAUAAACUGCUGCAAGCUGCCUCCAUCGCCUCCUUUACUUAGAACACAAACUUAACCCGAUAUGUUGGAGGCCCUUUUUCCCCUCCUUCAGUACUUCAUCGAGUCGAUGUAAUUCAAUCUCUUACUACCAAAUCCAAUAGUUGUAUCACUUUUCCGCUGCUUAAAACUUUUGAUUGAUUCAGGCAAACAAAAUUCAAUGAUAAAAUGUAUUGAGUUUUUUGUUCCGGUAA